AUGAGGUACUACCAGGCACGGAACGAGACGCUCAAGCAGCGCGAGACACUGGCAGAGCGCCAAAAGAUCAACCGAACAAUGCGCGAGGCUCUUCAAGCCCAACGUCUAUCGUUCGCCAGCACGGCGUCUCUGAUCACGCAAUUCUACCGUGAUAGUGUCACCCAGCCAUUCGAUCUCCCAGCUCGCCUCGGCCGAGACCCAAUGGAGCGUGAAGCUGUGCUUCUGCGAAUGAGGACCGACCGCCUGCAGGUGGCGCACAAUUUCAUGGUUCAGCGUCGAAAUUACCAAACCACGUCGGAAUUCUGCGAUCGUAAGAGGUUUGAGGCCUCCCAUGGGGACCUCGUGUCACUCCGAUUCGAGGUCAUACCCCUCCCGGGUGCGCGCAGCGUCAAGACAAUCAUCGACGCGCUUGAGGACUUCGUCUACAACCUCGAGAUCAGUCUGUCUGACGCCAUUGGCGAUAUCACAAUACGGGAGAACGACGAUCCUGACCCUGAUAGCCCCGUAGCUCAGCAUCGUAUUGUGGCCACAAUCGCUAACCUGGUGCAGACGGAUACCAACAACAUUGCAUUCGCCGAGUACCGUCCAGCAGGGCCGCCGGGGAGCGGCGAGAACGAAUUGGGCGUCAUGAUCUGCGACGCUAUUGACGAAGACGAACUGUUCCCGUAUCGCCCACUGCAACGCGUGAGGCAAGACAUGACCGUCAUCACGUACGUGACGCAUGAACACGGGGAGAAUGGAGAACCGACCAUCGUCAUGACUCGCUGGUGGUGCCUUCGACUCCGGAAAUCCCACAUCUACGUGCCGCCGCUCGCAGUGGACAGAAUCAUGGCCGGCGUCGAGAAAGUGAGUGCGGCGAUGCUUCAAACCGCACGGCGAGCUAGUGGGUUGGCCACAUAG